AUGACUUCCAAAUCAAUUAUGGAUGUAGUGAGAGAUUUGAGAAGAGCAUCGAAUUUUCGUAGAACAUCAGUAUUUAAUGAAGAUUUUUUAAUAACACGUUUACCUGAGAAAAUCAUGCUGCAAAUUUUUUCGCAUUUAAGUCAUCCAGAAUUGUGUAAUAUUGCACGUGUUUGCAAAAUGUGGCGUCGGUUAGCAUAUGAUCAUUCAUUGUGGCAGUCACUUAAUUUACGACCUGAAUAUGGUGGAAUAUUUGUAAGGUCAAUUGAUGAGCUAUUAAAUCUCAUUCAUCAUAGGUCUGGAAGUGGGUUAAGGUGUAUUGAACUAUCCAGCGAUCUAGUCACUAUACCAGUUUUAGAGGAACUUGGAAAUCGGUGUCCAAAUCUUCGCUAUUUAACUCUAGAUUUUUCUAAUGCUAUGCAACUACAUGAUUUCAACGAAUUGGCUUCAUUCCCUUCAUCAAUUAAAUAUUUAUGUAUUUGUUUAAGUGAUGUGAUAUUUAUGGAAGGUUUAAUGAGAAAAAUCUAUUCAUGUUUAUCAGCGGUUGAAAUUUUGCACUUAAUUGGAACAUUUGAAUUAGCCACAGAGGAAGAAGAAGAAAUUUAUGAAGUCUAUUUAUUACACAUUAAAGCCAUCAAAUGUCAUCAAUAUAAGUAAAAUUAAAGCCCAUACACCUAAUUUACGUGUUAUCAAUUUAUUUGGUAUCAACUUCAUUGAAGAUAGUCAUGUGGAAUUAUUAGCCAGUAAUUGUAUUCAUUUAGAAUGUGUCGCGCUUAAUUUUUGUUUAAAUGUUAAGGGUUCAUCAUUUACAUUAUUGAUCGCAAAUUGUAAAAAGUUGACAACCCUACUUCUAGAACAUUGUGGGCAAUAUCGAGGCAGUCCACACAGGAUGCACAUAUGCUAACAAGAAACUGAUCAAUUGCAGUCCUAAAUAACAAUGGGAAGAUACAAGAAAAUAAUACCAAGUGAAUUUGUCUCAUUUUAUUUGAGAAUAACACACUGACUCACAGAAGAAUAAAUAAAGACGAUUCAACUAAAGAAAUUUUUUCAUCAAUGAUAUCAUUUUCUAAAACUGUGCAAUCGUUUUUUUUAAAUUUAGAAUACGUCUCAAAGAUGAAUUUAUGAUGGCUGUACCAUGGGAAAAUUCAGGAAUCUGUGAACUUGAUAUAACAUCUACAGAAUUAUCUGCUGAAUGCCUUGAAAACUUCUUAACACGUAUACCAUAUUUUACUUAUUUGGCAGCAGGUCAUACAGAUUUUUUUACUGAUCAUAUAUUGAAUACACUAUGCGACAGUGGUAAAUUUAAGCAAGUCAAAGCUAUUGAUUUGAGUCAUACACCGGCACUUAACGAACAGUCCAUAACAAAUCUUCUUAAGCUUCAUGGUCAUCAGUUACAUGGUCUUAUGCUACAUGGAAAAGCUACUUUAGCUGAAUAUUUUUGGACUACUGUGAUUCCAUAUCUUGGUGCGAUAAAGGUUUGUGUACUUGGAGCAUCACAUGGUUGGUUUUAUAAAUACAACACACGAGUUCAUAUUGAUAAAAUUCUGGAAAGUUUUGCCGGAUAUUGUCCAAAUUUAGAAGCAUUAGAAAUACAAUGGGAUCCAGAUACUAUUCGUUUUAGUGAUAAAAGUAGAAAAUUCAUUGAUCGAAUUAGAAUCAAAUGUCCUCGACUGAAGUCUUUAACUCUUAGUGAUGGGAAGUACUACGAAAUGGUUAAAGGAAAUUUCGAAAGGGCAGAAUGUCCUAGAGUAGUACGCACUACAACUACGUAUAUUACAAGUAUUAUUAGCUUACUGAAACGUUAUAAGGAUUUGAGAUUUAAUUAAUUCUAUAAAACUUACAUGUAAUCGCUCUUUUAGAUUUUAUACAAUUCACAGAAAUAAUCAGGUGAAAGAAUAUUCGAAAUAAAAAUAAUGAAUUGCAGAUAAUCACUUGAAAUGUCAAAUUGAUGUGCGAGAAAAUCACAAGUCCUAUAGUGCUGCCAAUAAAAUAACAUCCAAAUUUGUAUGUUGUUAAUUUGCCAAUAUUUUUUGAAAUCUGCUAUUGUCAAACAAAUAGAAAUACACAAUCAUACUUUAUAGAAAAUAUGAUUUUGCCUUUUUUAUUUUAGUUUUAACUCCAUGUAAUAUUUUCCUUCAAAAGUAAAUGUCAUUUGAUAUUUAAUGAGAGUAUGCUUUAAAUACGUUUAACGUCAAAGAACAUUUAAUAAUACAAGUUUGUCUUUUAGAUAGUAAAAAUAUUUUCUCAUCUUCAUAAAAUCAUAAAUACUAACCUUUCAGUGCAGGGUUGUGGAUCUUGUUUAUUCAUCAAAAUCUGUCAUGUGUACACCUUAUAUGACGAUGAACCUUUGAUUUUUACACUCGAGAAAUCGUGAUUAGUUCUUGUAUCGGUAUAUUAAGUUUUUUGUUGAUCCUAGAUUAAUUCUCUACUAUUCAC